GAUCUUCAAUCGCAGGUCCUUUUUUCAUUGUUUCGUUUUUUUCCGUCCAGUCGUUCUUUUCUGGGUGCUUAGGUUGAUCCUUUACACACAUAUACGAAUAUCUUCUUGUUCAUACCGACCGACUCGCGAAAAUGAAGGUCAACCCGGCUCCGCUACACUUGGCCCAGACCAUCAUCACGGGUCUCGUUAUCGUGUUUAGCAUUUGCAUCCUGGGUACUGCGGCGCACACACUCGAUGUGUACAACAAGCAACAUGCCUCGAACCCAUGGUGGGCGCCGCUGUGGUCCCAGCACUUCGACACGCACGGGACGAAAGCGCUGAUCGCAUCCGCGGUUGUUACGUUAGUCUUGUCAGGCGUGUUUCUGGUCAUGUCUGUUGUACCCAAGUUCGCCCUGCGCCAGAAAUACACUCUCCGCGCCCUCAUCUCCCUCGGCACGAUCCUGCCUUCCUUCCUCCUGACGCUCAUGACCGUCGUCUGGGCACACAUCCUCAACCGCAACGCCCCCGAGCUCGACACGAUCCAGACGUGGUCGUGCAGAUACGCCAACAGCGCGCCGGGCCCGCAGACGAGCAGUGUGCCGAGCCAUCUGAGCAACGAGAGCUUCAAGAGCGUGUGCCAGGAGGGCCGGUUCGCGCUGUACGGAACGCUGGUGGUGUUCUUGCUGUUGGGGGUUAGUAUGGUGGUUACGAUGGUGACGUGGUUGGCGGAUAAGUGGGCGGCGAGGCAGGCGAGGAAAGAGGGUGUCGAGACUAUCAGUAUGACGACUAAGGCGUGAGGUGGUGGGGUUUGGUGGUUGUGAGGAUGGAUUGUUGGAGGAAGAUGAGAUGUCCUAUCUGAAGGGGUGAAAGGUUUUUGGUCAUCCUGGGCAUGAGCUGAUAUCCGACUUUUCGCGGCGCACGGGUUUGGGAGCUCGGAUCUGAGCUGGCAUCAUGUGUGCAUACAUCGUGCGAUUCUUCUUCAUCGUCGAUGAUUCUUGUAAUGAAAACAAUUAAGUUCUCUUGCUCAGCG